AUGAAUAAUACCAUUAUUUCUCAGCCCCCUCAGCCAUCCCCACCGCCUCCGCCAAAACCGGAGCCUCCAGUUCCGAAACCAACGGAUGUUCCAAAGGACGCGAAAUCGGAAGGUGUGAUGGCCUUGAAAAAACGAAGUCAAGAGUACAAGCUAGCUGCCAUUCAGGCACGCGAUUCUGGCAACUUAGAAAGAGCAAAAGCUCUUUUACAAGCCUCCAAAAUAAUUGAUGAAGUGAUUCCAAAAGUGGAAUCCGGUGAAGAAGCGUUCUGUGCGGAAACUGAUCUACCUCCGCCACCGAGUCAAUUUGAAACGGAUGGUGCGGAAGAAAAACCGGAACAAUCCUCGCAUCCGGCUGGUGCACAGAUUCCGAUCCCCGCGGCUGCCACCUCCCAAUUUGUGACUGUGGACAAUAUCCGAGCUCGGUUAGAAUAUUACAAGGCUGCUCUGGCCGAUGCUCAAACCCGACCUUCAGAGGGUAACCGUCAGCGUCGUUUGACUCGAAUCAUCACCCAGUAUAAAGAGGGUCUAAAAGCCUGUGAACAUGGGAUCACAUCAUUCGAUUAUGGUGAACUACCCCCACCACCUCGGUGUCCACGUUUAGUCGGCCUACCUACAUCAUCCCAUCCCCAUGCCUCCGCCGGUACAGGUGCUAACGCAUCCAGAGGAACGGGAUCCUCUUCAGAUCCUUCAACGAAACGAUCAGAACAGGUGGUUGCUUUGCUGAAAAAACGACAGAACGAGUUGAAGGCGCUCGCACUCAAAGCCAAACAAGAAGGCAAUAUGGACGCAGCCCGUAACUUUUUGCGCUCCGCUCUGAGCAUUAAUCCAAUGAUCGAAUCCGCUCAGGCCGGUCUUAUGGUUGAUUUGAGUAAGGUGCCACGCUUACCAACCAGCAGUAGUGCCUCUGGUGGAUCGCACUCCACGGCCCCGAUCGGGCCAAUCUUGAGUGGGACCAAGUGUGAUCCCCCGGCCCAGUUCGUUUUAGACAUGGAAACUGCUACGACUGCGACAGAACGACAACACGUAUUGGUCAGCCUAAUGGAAAAACAAGUGGAAGAAGCCAGCAAAGUGGCUCGGAGUUUGAAUGAUAGCGGUUGGUCAGAACGUGCAGCGAAAAUGACUGAGUUAGCUGCACUGUGCAAAUCCAGUUUGGCUUACUGCCGACGGCCAAACGUUCCGUACGUUUUCGAAUGGGCGGAUCUCCCCAGUCUGAAUAUGAAUGCCGAUCUGAGCGAUGGCGUUCUGGAGGUGACCGCAGUACGCGGUUUUGCUUAUCCCUUGCCACCGAAAUUUACCAGCGCCAGUCAAGUGGACACCUACGUUGAAAUUGUACUAUCCUAUCCGACGGUGGAAAGGGCGCAAAAAUUUAGCACACCUUGGGCCAAGCACAGCCUAGAGCCGAUGUACGAAUCAAGCACGAAGUUUGAGGUGGAUAUCAAAUCACGUACCUACGCUCGUUUUGUGCAGAGUGAACGUGAAGUCAAGGCUACUGUUUAUUACAAUGCCGGUGUGUUAAAAGGAUCCCGUCCGCUCGGGACCGCCAGUUUUCCAUUGCGUGAACUUAGCAAUUCGGCCACGAUUAACCCCGUGGCUGAUCUCAUGGAUGGUCGACGUGCUGUCGGUGGUCGGCUAAUGCUGCGUAUCCGACAACGCACUCCGUUAUCCGUACGUAGUGUUUCAUAUUUUUUUAAAUUUAACACAUAUAUAUAUAUAUAUAUUCACACACGUCUGAUGCCAGACUGUGCGCCAUACAAACCAUGGUACAGUAACCAUUAUAAAAAAGAAACACGUUCCAUCAUUUAUAUGCGCAUUGAGUACCGCCAGGUUGCCCAGGCCGAGGCAGGUGAAUUUUCUUGA